CGACAAGCCAAAAAGGAAGGAAAGGGAAGAGGGAACCGAAAGAAAGGCCCUGUACACCGCCGCAGCGACUCGUGAAGAUGCCUUGAAGCAAUGAUGACGUCUUUCUUGCCGCACGCUCGAGAUUGGUCCGUUGAAACGACGCCGAUAGGCUGCUGAUGGUGGACGUACGUCGGCAGGCCAUUCAGCACACCAGCUGAGGCGCUGUGGACCAAUUUUGAACCCGGCUGGCGACCUGGCAUGAACCAACCCUCUUCCCAGCCUCCGCAGCCGUCGAAUGGCGUCCGCUCAUGGGACUCUCAGGGUGUGGGAGGCGUCCCACCGCUGCCCUUCCCAGGCUGGGUGACCCAUCCUGGGCAGUAUGGGCCGUUCGGCAGGGACGGUCCGAUGCCGCCGCCACACUCGUUCCCCCCGCAGAUGCCCAUGAACGGGGGCAUGGGCCACCCUGGCGCCAUGCGGCCGCCCUUCAGCCGCACGGGCAGCGAGAACGGGCUGGGAGGACCGCGGGCACAGUCGCCCCCCGCUGUCAACAUGAGGUGAGGUGUCUGCCUGGGAAGCUGGUUGGUUCCUCAUGUGCACACGGUGGUCUGUCUGUCUGUAUGUGUCUGUCUGUCUGUGUGCAUCAGGCCGUGGACUCCUGCAGAGGACGAGCGGCUGCACGAGUUGGUUCAGCAGUACAGCGGCGGCCACUGGAACAGCGUGGCUGCCUACUUCGAGGGGCGCAUGGCGGCAGAGUGCAUGAACAGGUGGCACAAACACCUCAAGCUGGUCGACCGUAGAACCGACCCCAAGGUAGUCAGCUGACAAGACAGCACACAAAAAGGGACCACAUGUCCAUUCGGUAUCCGUGUGUGUCGUGUGUGUGUGACUUGGCUUUCAACAGGGUGCUGCUCCCCGGCCGACGGAUGCUCCUGAGCGGCCGAGUGCCAGCGCCGCGGCAGCACCACUGGAGCUGGAUGCGCAGCACAGCGCUGGUUUGAUGGGCCCUUGCGGGAUGAUGUAUGGGCAGCGAUACGGCCCGGGCAGCUCUGACGCAAACUUCAAGUGAGGAUGGGACGAGAGAGAGAUGGGGAUAUAUGCCAGCGGACACACCACUAACUAACUAUGUCGUUCGUGUGCCUUGUUGGUCAUUGCAGUGGGUACUGGAGCAAUGGGAUGUCUGUGGCUCCACCCGCAACCAACGGCCCCUACCUCGCCCAAGGGUACGCACGCAUCACACACAACACACAACACACAACAACACAUCACCCUCUCCCCCACAUGACAUGAGGCGCCCCCCUCUCCCUGUCGGUUUGCACAGGCCCCCGGGCUGGAUCGGCCAGGGAGGCCCCUUCCCCCCUCCCCCUUCCUCAGUGUUCCCACCCCGAGGCCCACCACACCCAUCGCGGCCAGCAGAUCACAAUGGCGGCGGCGGCGGCGAGGCGGUGUCGCCCACCAGUGCGAGCAACACCAACAAGCGGGACGACAGCAGCUUGACGCCGAGUCCGCACCCCUCGCGGCCACUGGGGCGGGAGGGUGGGCCGUUCGCUUAUGGGCUGUCGUUCGAUCUGCCUGGGCAGAGCAAUGCCGAGGUCAGGCCCGAGGCGGCCGGUGAGGGGGGUGGUGGGUCGAAUGGCGAGUCCAAGACGCGUCGCGGCAAGAAGAGGAGAAAGGAGGAGGAAGCACAGGAGGGCGAGACGGACCAGCAGCGAGGCGUGCCCGCCCCACUGCCGCUGCCAACGUUCCCCGGCUUCUUGGAGCACUCGCCCUCCUCUCUGCUGACCCUCAUGGACUCCACCACCUGCGGCAACGCACCCACCAUGCCCCUCGACUACUCGAGCAUCUCUCUCCCCGCCCCAUCCACCAAGAGCCUCUUCACCCUACCCAAUCCGGCCAUCCUCAAGCCACUGGACGAGGAGCAGCCCGACCCGCUCGCAGCCACGGCCACAGCAGCAUCGGUUAAGAGGAAGGGCCACCAGCCAAAGGCCAAGGCGAAGGGCGGUGCGGCGGCAAAGCGCAAGGGGCGACGAAAGAGGGCGAGCAAGAAGGAGGAGAGGGAGGACGAGGAGGUCGACAUGGAUGAGCUGGCGGCGCAGGAGGACUCGGACGACGAGCCUCUCGCUGCUCCCACUAGGAGAGGGAGGGGCAAGGGCAAGGGGCGAGGCCGCAAGAGACCGUCGCGGCAGAAGGCCUCUGAGUCGCCACCCGAGUGCGAGCAGGAGGCGGCUGAGACCCCCGUGGCCGACCCUUCACAGGAGGACGUCAUCCGCAUCGGGCAGGAGCUCAGGAGGCUCAGCGAGCAGCUGUUGGCAUGCCGGGGAGUUUCUGCUCUCUCGGACGAGCAGCGGCAGAUGCUCAACUUCCACCUCACCCACACCCACGCUGCCGACGGUCAGAAGCAUGACAGCGGCGACGGGCAGCCCGUGCAGAAGCGGAGGAAGAGCGCCGGUCUCGAGUGCCACCCUGGCCUCUACAUGGGCGAGCCCAACGCAGCGCCUCCCGCAUCUACAUCACCUUGGCGUGGCCUGGUGGCAAGCCAGCAGGAUGCGGACUCAUCUCUGCCAAAGGCCAGCCCUGCUGCUGACCACCUCGGGGGUGCUGGCGACGGCAGCGGCCACGGGGGCGAGGAGGAGGAGGAGGAGGAGGGCAUGGACGGUAUGGAGGGAAACGAAGAGGGAGCCGUGGCCAAUGACGAUGCGGAGUGGGUGAAAUGGAUCCAUCCCAGUGCCGCUGCUGCCCCCCCAUCCAAUAACCCCUCCUCUCGCCCCUCCUCCGCCAUGGCCGUGCGGCUGGCCGUCCGCGGCGGCCCCUGGCAGCCCUUCUUUGACCCCACACACAUGGAAGAGGAGGAGGAAGAGGAGCGCGAUAACCCACAACGGCUGUUCCUCGACUUCAACGACGAGCGACUGCUGCAGCCCAGUGCCGGCGACGGCUUCGUGAGGGAGGACGACCCCAUGGACAUCGGGCAGGUCGCACUGCCGCCAAAGGUCCCGUCAUUCAGCGGACUGCAGGUCCACCGCCCUGCUUCCUCGUUCGUCGGUCGGCCGUCGCCCUCGUCCUCCUUCAUCGGCAACCGGAGCGUCAGCAUGAGCAGCGCCAAUGUAGCGCCGGACAACAUGGGUAGGCCGCGGCCGUCCAACUCGCCCGAGCCCGAACCGCCUGUGGUGCCGUCGCCGCCAAGUGAGGUGCCGGAAGGGCUGCUUGGCCCAGACGACGGCAGCGAUCGGGGUGGCGCACGACGUGCAGACCCUGGAGCUGAUGGUCGGGCAGCAGGCAAGCAGGAGGGCGAGAGGGGCAGGGAGACGGCGGUUUCGCGGCCCCCCGCUCCCCACGCGUCAAGCAUGGACCCUCAGGCGUCCCUUUGUCAGCUGUUGGAGUACCAGCAGCUGGACCGCGCGCGGCUGAUGCAGUACCAGAGUCUGCCGUCGAUGAUGCCCAUGCGGAUGGGGUCGGCCAUCUACAGCAUGCACGGCAGCGACAUGCAUGCUGGCGUCCCACAACUGCACCACCGCUCAUUCACCGCCCCCGAGCUCCCCUCUGAGCCGCCGGUGGCCAGCCAGACCACCCCCCCUGAUUCGGGCCAGGUGCAGCUGCAGAGCCUGUUGCAGCAGCGGAGCGAGCUGGAGGAGCGCAUCACACAGCAGAGGCAGCAGAAUCUCACCUACCCUCCAUCAUCACCCUUGCCCUUCUCAUACCCCGCCACAACGAGCCAGUCCGACCGGCCGGCGACUGAUGCGGACGCGGUCAUCCCGCGGCUCUCUGAGGCACUGAGGUCUGUGCAGUGGCAGAUAGCCAAUCUUCGAGCCAGCCUGGGCAACCAGCCGCCGAACCAUGGGAGCGGUAGUGGUGUUGCUGCCGGCCCUCAGCCGUCGGAGAACCACACCUCUCCACGCUCGGGCAUCCCGGGUGCCCCGCCUUCUAGCCCUAGUGAUGUGAUGGCAAGGGGACCACAACAACAUCCGACACAGCCAGCAGGUGGCCUGUCGCUUAGCCCGUCGGUGCGGCCCCCACCCCAGCUGAAUCUCGCCGGUUCUGGAGGCUACCCGCCACCGUUUCAGUACGGAGGCCGCGGCAACCAGUUCUCGCCGUAUCUGCCGCCAUCGGGUGUCCCGCAUACCCCUCCCAUGGGCGCGUCACAGCCGCCGCAUCAUCCAUGGAACGGCCACCAGUUCAACAAUCCUCCAUGCCAGCCCCCUUGGCCGAUGCAGCCGCCACAACCACCACCCGUCAUGAUGGGCUCCCCAGCCCUCAGCCCGUCCGCUGCAGCUGCGGCAUCCGAACAAGCAGCGGCGGACAACGGGCUUUUGUCGCCACGCGUAUCGGUGAGAGGGGGCAGUCGGCCGCCGUCAACCGAUGGGAGACAACAAGACAGCGGCAGCGGCAGUGGCAGCGGCAGCGGCGAGGGGCGUGGAGUGAAGAGGGAUGUGUCCCAGCCGAUCAAGGACGAGAAGCAAGCAGCGGGCGAUGGCGAUGGCGAGAAGGGUGGCAAAGGUGGUGUGCGGCAGCAGGGCAAGGAGGGGAAGAUGUCGCGUGCGGCGCUGUUUGACGGGCCGUUUCCCAUCAAGUCCCAGUUUCUGUCGAUGUCGCCCGGCGAGCUGGAGAUACAGGAGCGGCUCACCACUAUCAAAGAGGUCCGUAGCGCAACACACACAGAGGAGACAGGCCAGGCCGUGGUUAAAUUGAUUUGUCGUGUGUGUAUACAGCUGUGGCAAGGCAAGACGACCUUCACGUCGACCACCAAGAACAAGCGAAGCGAGCCACCCAAAGACAAGCCAGCCCCUCCCACUCACUCAUCAGCACCAGUACCAGCAGCGGCAUCGACUGACGCUGCUAGCUCUACCGAUCCCCCCCAGUCAGCGGACCCGCCGCCUCUGACGCGGCCCCUGUCAGCGGACAAGGCGUCAUCCCCCUCUGCAGCCCCCCGCUCGCCCCUCCUGGCCUGCCCGGGCAGCGCACCGGACAUCAUGGUGUCGCGGUCCAGCAGCAAUCCUCCGCUCAUGCCGAGUGUCCCGGAGGACGCCGAGGUCAAGGGGGAAGACCAGGAGGAUCUCCCGGUGCCUCAUUCACCACCACCGCCGGUCGGCGCCAGUGGACCGAUGCGGCCGCUGACGGCCCCCCCUCCCUUGGUGUGGGGCACAGGGCGAUUGGCUACCGUUGGCAGGCCGCCGGCGCUCGCCAUGCCCAAGUGGCAGCAAGACAAGCUACAGCAGCAACAGCAGCAGCAGCAACAGCCACAGCCGAGAGCAGAGGAGGCACCGAUCGGCGAUGACAGCGGCAAAGGCAGCUCCACGAGCGCCCCGGAGGCAGAGAGAGGUCCAAACGGCCUUCCCAAGGCGCCGACAGAGAUCCUGGCGGCAUCGCUGACCGAGUUCGACCCCUACAAGCAUCUCAAUCUGCCGCAGGAGCGUAUGCCGAAGCCUGACCUCGUGCCGGGGAAAGAGGUGAUUGUCAGCUCAGCGCCGCCGACGGCGCGGCCCCCCUUCGGCUCUUCCAUGCCUUUUCAAGGCCAGUUUACCAUGCCGCUGGCAGCGGCAGGGUCGCCCCCUCUCGUGAACGCUGCGCUGGGGCUCGCGAGACAGCUGGAGGCCAAGGGGCUGGGCGGCCAACAGGGGGGCGGUGGCAAUCGACGUCGUGAGGAGAAUCCAAUUGCGCCGUCUCAGCCAUCAUCAGUCGGGCCGCUGACCUUCUCGCCGUCCAACCCGGCUGCCACAUCCCGCUUCCCUGUCUACAACUAUGCCUAUAGACCCCCCCUGACGCCGCCCUUUGCCUACCGAUUCGGCCCCGUGCCGCCUUUGUCCUUUAUGUACAACGUCGGCAUCCCCCCGCCCAGAUACACACACAUGCACAGCAGCAACACGGCCGUCGAGACUCAGAGCCAGGCCAGUUCGGAGGGCCGUGCUGUGUCGGGUCGUGCGGCGAGCGAGGGUCGUCCUGCCCGUCAAGAGGCAAAGGUUGCGGGGGAUGUGCCGCCCAAGGGCGAUUCGCUGAUGUCUGGGUCGGGUAGGGGUAAGGUGCUGUGGUUUGGCGACCCGACGCCGACGCCGGCGUUGAAGCAGCAGCUGGCUUUGCUGCGUGAGGCGCACCAGGAGAAGAUGCGGGGCGGGGAGGACAAGGAUAGGGAAGAGGGCGAGGGCAAGCCAGAGGGAGAUGACAGCAUGCAGGGAUGAAUGCGUAGACGGCUGAGGUGAAUAAUGGAAGCAAUGCAAUGCACGUAGACAGAGGAGAGGGGUGGGUUAGCUAGCGAUUGGUUGAUUGGUUUGUCGGGGUAGCUGGUGGCUGGGCUGGGGCGAGGCGGCGUUGCUCUUUUGAUCCUUCUCUCACUCACUCUCACUCUCAAUCUCCCUCCCUCUCUCUCUACUGAGAAGCUUUCCUUCCUGUCUCCUUCCUCGUCUGUUUUUCUCGAUUGCCUUCCAUGCUGGUUUUUCCCCAUCCAUCCAUCCAUCCAUACGUCUGGGCUGAGGCGGGAUGGGAUCAGUGUGUUGUGUUGUGUGCAUGGCUUCUUGCUUGACCUGACUUGGCUGCGUGAUAUGAAUGAAGGAAGCCCUGUCUACACACACACAUGCACAAUGCAUUCAUUCAUUCAUUCAUCCGUGUCUGCGUGUGCCCCCUCUCUGUCUGUCUGUCUGGGCAUCGACUCAUCGAGUUUGUGUGUGGCCGGGUGUGCAUGCCUUGCCUUGCCAUGCCUGCCUAGCGCUAUGGAUACGAACGUAUCGUGCACGUCAUGUGUAUGUCUGCAAAUCCAAUGCAAUGCGAGUCAGUGUGUGGCUUUUUUCCGAUGGCUGAAUGAAUGAAUGAAUGGCUGGAUGGAUGGGUAACCCAGGUAUCUAUCGCUCAUGAUAAGGUGUGUGUUUGUGUGUUUGUAAGUGUAUGUCGGAUGGAGCGACACGGUAGAGACCCUCUCUGUAUUCAUGCUGCUUUCAUUGUUUUUUCG